AUGGCGGCAGAUAACAAACCGGAUCAGCAAAAAGUCGGAGAUGCAGCAUCAGCUGCCCAAGGAGUCCUUUCACAGCAACGGCCACUCCAAUCAGUAGCAGCGGCAGGAACAUCAAAGUCAACUCCACAGACAGCUCCGCGCCCGGCACCACCACCAUCACAACAACAGCAACAACAGCAACAACAACAGCAACAACAACAACAACAACAACAACAACAACAACAACAACAACAACAGCAACAACAGCAACACCAGCAGCAACAACAGCACCAGCACCAGCAGCACCAGCAGCACCAGCAGCAGCAACAGCAAGUGCGAGCAAACCAGCCGCAAUAUUCACAAGCAGAUUUGAAUCGAAUAGUGCUUGAAUAUUUGAAUAAGAAGGGGUAUCAUCGAACAGAGUCAAUGUUGAGAUUGGAAAGUACAAGUACACCUACCCCUGCUGUAGCACCGAUCUCCCCGAAUACUACUUUGCUCGCAGCACCUAGCGAGUUGGAUGCUCAAAAAGAUUUAAAAGACAAACUAUCCAAAAAUGAAAAAGAAUUGCGUGAAUUGCGAGAAAAGCAAAUAAGGAUCGAACGUGAAUUGCAAGAAACUAAAAAUAGAGAAAUCCGCUUAUCAAAGGAAGCCGAUUUGAAACAAUUGAGAGCCUUGGAAAAUAGGACGAGAAUUGAAAAUGAUCCAGACCUGUAUUUUACUGCGUACUCUAUGUUGAGAAAAUGGGUUGAGUCCUCAUUGGAUUUGUAUAAGCCCGAAUUGUCACGUGUGCUAUACCCUUUGUUUAUUCAUUGCUUUUUGGAGUUGAUCACUAAAGGGUUUGGUGUCAAGGCAAAGGAAUUUUUUGAUAAAUACAAGUCUGAUCAUUUGAUAUUACAUGGAAUUGAAGUAAAAAAAUUUGCUGGAUUGUCAUUACCUGAACAUCUUAAGGAGAACAGUAUUGCAGAGGCUUAUAGAAAAUAUCGAUAUAGGAUUUUGGUUUCUAAAACCUCGUUGAAUUUGUUGCUAUAUUUUCUUCAUGAGAACGAAGCAGUUGGUGGGUCAAUUUUGAUUCGUAUAAUUAACCAAUACUUAGACCCAGUUAUCUCCAAAAAUAGACCAGAUAAAAUCGAUCAAGAAGGUGAAGCUAAUUCGGAAGAAGGUAUAUCUGAAUACAUAGCAGAUACAAACGAGUUGGAACAAUUCAACAGCGAAAAAGAGGUGAAGUUGGGAAAAUUUCCUUUGGACCCAGAAGUCGCCAAGGAAGUAGAAGCAGAACUCAAAAUUAAAGAUGAAAAAAUCGAACCUGUGAACGGAAAGACUUUAAGUGAAGAAUUUCAAGAAAUGGUUAAGCCAGAUGCAGAUUCUCCAUCAAAGGAUUCAAUACCAUUACCAAUGAAGGACUCGACAGAUAUCAAAAAAUUAAUCAUGCAAGUUGAAGAUUCAAGGUCAAAAAUUAGAUUAGGCGCACUACAAGCAAGCUCACCUAGUGUUUGUAUGUAUACUUUCCACAAUACUAACAACGAUAUGACAUGUAUCGCAUUCAAUGAAGAUUCCACAAUGGUUGCCGCGGGGUUCCAAGGCAGUUAUGUUAAAAUAUGGAGUCUAGAUGGCAAACCGUUACCAUCGGGUCUUAAAAAGGACCGUAAGAUGCAUCAAUAUUCCGAUAAUUGUCGUAAGCUUAUUGGUCAUAGCGGACCCGUAUAUGGAAUUUCUUUUUCUCCAGAUAACAAGUUUCUCAUUACGUGUUCGGAGGACAAGACAGUGAGACUCUGGUCAUUGGAUACGUUCACGGCGUUAGUCGCAUACAAGGGCCACAAUCAACCAGUAUGGGAUGUCAAAUUCUCACCACUAGGUCAUUAUUUCGUCACUACUUCCCAUGAUCAGACUGCGAGAUUAUGGGCUACAGACCACAUCUACCCACUCCGGAUCUUUGCCGGCCAUAUCAACGAUGUUGAUUGUGCCGAAUUCCAUCCCAAUUCGAAUUAUGUGUUUACUGGAUCGAGUGAUAAAACAUGUCGAAUGUGGGAUGUUCGUACUGGUCACUGCGUUCGGAUAUUCAUGGGUCAUACCAAUGCAGUCAACUGUCUUGCAAUAUCACCAGACGGAAGAUGGUUGGCUAGUGCAGGAGACGAUAAUGUGGUUAAUUUGUGGGAUAUAGGCACCGGAAGAAGAUUGAAAACAAUGAAGGGGCAUGGUCGAUCAUCCAUUUACUCGCUCGCAUUUUCCCAUGAUGGUGGUGUCUUGGUUAGUGGUUCAGGGGAUUGUAGUGUUCGAAUAUGGGAUGUGAGAAAGAACACAAAUGAUUCUGGACCCGAACCUGAAGCAUUGGUCAAUGUCACCAAUACGACCGCGAACGGAGAAUCUUCAACUACAGAGGAGAGCAAAGCUCAGCAACAACAUCAACAACAGCCCCUGCAAUUACAGCAACCAGCACCACCGCCACAACAACAGCAACAACAGCAGCAGCAACAACAGCAACAGCAGCAGCAGCAACAACAACAACAACAACAACAACAGCAGCAGCAGCAACAAGUGAGUCGAAGAGAUGUUAUUGCAACUAGUGACCAUAUGACAGCCUUUUUCACCAAAAAGACUCCAGUUUUCAAGGUUCAUUUCACGAGAAGAAAUUUAUGUUUUGCAGCCGGUGCAUUCCAAGGAUAG